GCGCGCGCGCUCAUAUUAGUCCACAAUAGACCUGCGCGAUCGCCCGCGCCGCCAGUUCGCACGACAGAUCUAGAUCGGAGCGCUGUAUCCAUAAAAUAUUAUUGAACUAUUGCACCAGUGCCCUCAGUGAACAUUUCUGUGCUGGAGUAUUAAUAAAACUGUGAACAUGGAGACGUUGACUAGGCUAGUGGAGGGGUACCACGACCUGAUGGAGAACAAAAGUGACCCCAGGGUCAAAGACUGGCCCCUGAUGUCCUCCCCUCUGCCUACGCUAGCCAUAUGCCUCACAUAUGUGUUCGUAGUCAAAGUAGCGGGACCAAAGUUCAUGGAGAACAGAAAACCGUAUGAACUCAAACAAGUGCUUAUAUGGUACAAUUUGUUCCAAGUCCUCUUCAGCAUCUGGUUAUUCAAUGAGAGCAUAGCCAGCGGCUGGUUCACGACACACAGCUUCCGGUGCCAGCCCGUGGACUACUCACGGUCACCUAUAGCAAUGAGGACGGCAUCUGGUUGUUGGUGGUACUACUUUUCGAAAUUCACGGAAUUCUUCGAUACUAUCUUCUUCGUGAUGCGCAAGAAGUUUGACCAUGUAUCCAAGUUGCAUGUCAUCCACCAUGGUAUUAUGCCAAUGUCCGUGUGGUUCGGAGUCAAAUUCACGCCUGGCGGUCACUCAACUUUCUUCGGCAUGCUGAACACAUUCGUUCACAUCAUCAUGUACUCAUACUACCUGUUAGCCGCGUUAGGACCCAAGGUACAGAAGUAUCUCUGGUGGAAGAAGUACCUCACCGCUCUUCAAAUGGUCCAGUUCGUGCUUGUCUUUAUCCACACGUUCCAGCUGCUGUUCACGGAGUGCGACUACCCUCGCGCCUUCGUCUGGUGGAUCGGCAUGCAUUCCGUUCUCUUCUACUACCUCUUCUCUGACUUCUACAAGCAAGCUUAUCUGAAGAAAGAAAAGGCUAAAAUCGCCAAAGCGAAAGUAGCAGCAGAGGCAGCGAAGUCGGAAUCAAAGAUGCACCCACUCUUGAACGGGUUCAGCAACGGCACAGCGCUUGGCGACGUGCGGCAGAGAGUGGCUGGUGCCGUAGCCGCGCAGUGACCGCAUGCAUUUUGAAUCUAGAACAAUCCACCCGCGAGGGCACUACCCACUCCAGCCGACGCUACUCCUCAAUGCGGUAACCCUACCGAACGGGGCACGUUCCGCUAAAUAGUGACCCUUUAAAGAGUACCCGAUGGUGAAAGCUCAAUUAGGUAAUCUUAAGUUAUUGUUAAUUAGAUGUAGAAUUGUUAUAGAGUAUCAAUGUAGAUAAUGUUAUGUGACUGCGUAAUUUACAAUGUACUUAAAAGCUUCCACUGACCAAACGGGCGCCGUGGUUGUAGAUAAUUUUUUACUAUAAUAAAUAGUACCUACAUUUGCAAAGUGCGUGCGAAUAAAAACAUGUUUGGAUCACUUUUUGAACAACUUUAAUAAUAUUUUUUCCCGCUGUGACCAUUCAAGUAUAAAUGUAAGUUUUACGCCCACGCAGUCAGUUUGGUUUGUGGAUAGACUUUAUAAUCUAGGCUCCUAAGGCUCGUAAGGUCAAUGGAAAAACCCGUCCACAUUAGACGACCGUGUAAGUUUAAUGAUUUUUGAAUUCUUUUGUUUUCUAAAGUUGCUUGCUUAGCAACCGUACGUGUGAGGACGACCUUAUAAAAAUAGGAGGCCGUCCUCUUCUAUGUGACCGACCCAAAAUAAUUCCUUUAUUUAAAAAAAAAUUGAGAUGAAUACAUGGUUAUUUAUAGUAAUCAUUAUUCACCAAAUAUAAUAUUUAUAAGCUCAUUGUACCUCAAAACUACUUGUUUAAACAAUAGAUAGUCGUUGCGACAAACCUUCUUACUGUUGCUUGUACGAUUUUCUGUGCUAUGAAUCUGGCAUUGAUCUUAGUUUAAUGAUGCUGUAACGAACUUAUUAUUUUCCUUAUGGUUAUAAUUGUAGUUCGUAUUUCCAUAAUGCACUGAGCACUGCGCCUCAGGUGCACACCAGUAUAAGUGCGGUCUUACGGUUAUGCUUUAUUUUUAAGGAUUUUGAGGCCAUACUUUAUACUGGUACGUCUCAGACGAUUCACUUGGUAGAAGACGUAAAUGGUCCAGUAAUACUACUUGUCAAGUGUUGACAUUGCUAGUAAUUGUGUGAGAACGUUUGAAGGACGUCAAUAUUUUUGUUGGCGAUUCCGUUGAAUGGAACGAGUGUGUGUCUAAAGUGUGAGAGCCAUUGGUACCGACGGUUUGCUAAAGUGUACAUAAUACGACCAUUCCGGUAGAGUUCGAGGUUAAAUGUAAUUAUGAGAUAGUGCCAGUCGAUUGAAAAUGUCAAUAGUGAGCUGCUGAAGUGCAUGACGAAUUAAUCAAUUAAUUCAUUCAUAAUUUCUCCGUGCAAUUUUGCAGCUCAUUGUUCCUCAUCUUCGCUCCCUCACGAAUUCAGAUUAAAAAUGAAGGACGCGAGUUUCUUAAUUAUGUAAGUAUAAUUUGCAAUUAGAGUUUGAAGCAUUAAUACACAGUGCCCUCUUCAUUUUAUUUUCUGUCUGGGCCAGGCUAUUGUAAUAUUUGUAGCAUACUGAUGUAUCAAGCCAUUUCUCUAGCCUGUAAAGUAUGUAGUUUUACUUUAUUUAGUUUAGUUAUUAUUUAUACUUGAAAGUAAUCUCUUUUUAGUUGUAAAUAACCUGACUGUUUAUAAUAACCAAGCAUAAUAUUGUUUGCGCGAUCACAUUUUUGGUUGUAAUAUGACUGUGGAGAAACAAACUUGUUUUUUUUUGUUGUAAGUAUCUUUUUAUCUAAGUCUAAACUACAUAUUUGUAUUGACCACAGGCAUAAUUAUAACGCAUUGGUAGUUCUGUUGACAGGGGGCUUAUUGAAAGCAUUAUGGUUACAGCGUGAGGGUGUGGUGUUUGGGGACUGGGUAAGACCUGGAGUCUGAUUAAAAAGGGUUUAAUCAUUAAUGCCAAUAAUGCUGUCACAGACAAUUGAGACAAAUCUACAAUCUGUAAUCUCAUGACUGAUUCACGUAAAAUCAAUUUCAAAUGCAUUUUAACGUUAUUGACUGUCCAAUAAACAGAAUAAUGAUUAAUGAUAACAAUUUUCGUACAUAAAGCCAUAAUCAUUGCAGGCAGCUAAAGAUUGUGAUAAUAUUCGCUUACCUAUAUAGGUAAUCUGUUUUUAAAUAAUUUUAAAUGAACAUAAAAAAUUUGGCCUCAUUUGGCUGGCCUAUUCGACAAUUCCUUAGCAUUUACCUUCUAUUAUUAGAGCCAGGUGAUUGCUAAGGUUUCCGACCACGAUUUAAUUUAGGUAGUUACACAAAAUUGGCAUUGUUAAUAUCAUGUAAAUAUAUAGGUAAUGGUUAAAAUAACGCCACGUUAUCAAACUUUGUGAUACUUAUUUAAUUAAAAAAUAAGAAUAUGAAAGUGA